AUGUCACUAAAACGCCCUCAUUCCCCUACCUCCCUCGCCUCAUCCGCCCUCUACGUCUCCAAAAAAAUUGAAGACCGCGACUCGACCUUCACCGCCUACUUUUCUCCAACAGCUCCUCAACGUCAACUCCAAUCACAUCCAGAUCUAACCACCGCCUCCCAUCGCAUUCUAGCAUGGCGUAAACCUUCUUCUCAAAAGACACUCACGGGUUUGCCGGCUUACAAUACCGGAUCAGACGACGACGGAGAAAAUUAUGCUGGUAAGAAGCUGUUAAAGGUUUUGGAUGAUUACAAAGUCGAGGGGAGUAUUGUGGUUGCUAGGUGGUAUGGUGGACAAUUAUUGGGACCUGUGAGGUUUCAGCAUAUUGAAAAUGCAGCGAAGGAAGCUAUUAGAGCUUAUCUUGCUGAUAAGGACGAGAGUGCGAAUGGAGAAUCUGCAAAGAAGACAAAGGUUUCGAAUGAUGAGCAGGGGCAGGAAGGCGAGAAGGAAAAAGAGGAUUUGGUCGAAGAGUUGAAGAAUCGUGACGAGAGUAUUGCUGUCCUACGGAAUUUAUUGGACGAUAAGAUGGGGAAAAAGAAGAAGAGCGAGGAAACGCCAGACGUUGGUGAAGAAAGCAGUCAACAAAGGCCUACGAAAGAAGUGGAUUACAAGAGCAUGCCGUUGGUGAGGCUGAAGCAACUAGAUAAAGCACGAGAUAAUACGAUCUCAUUUUUAUUAAAGAAGAUAGACGAGGUCGAGGAGGCACAGGAAAAGGUAUUGGUUCGCUCAGAGGAUGAAGGUGAUAAUAAAGACGCUCCCAAAACUUGA